GAGGUAGGUCAGCAGCACUAACGCUUAUCCGUUAGGGGUCCUGUGUGCUGUGCUCUUCUCGGAGUGUCUACCUUGGUAGAGUCAAAGUGCCUCAAGAUCGGGCAUCUUCGCUCCUUCCUCGCCAACAGGCGCUACUUCCACAACCGACUCUCGUCCUUGCACCUGCUGUUCUGAUUGCUCCAAAUCAGCCGCGUCCCAAACAUGCCAUUAACAACCACAUCCUCUCGCUAUUGUUACCGUCGCAACUACAGCUAUGCUAAAUAUUUUCAGCUCGCUCACCAAGAAUGGCUGGCGCGAGACUUUUCGCAUACUCCGCCACUCCGAGAACAUAAUUCGCAAGCAACCAUCCUCACCUCGGAAAAAGUACGUACACGUCCGACGACGCGAUAGAAAAGGUCGAAAGAUGCGAGCGGCGUUCCAACUCGUUGAGGAGCAAGGGGGCGAUGGGACAGGAAGAACAUACAGACGAGUGAACGAUGGCUGGGAGGUUGGAGAGGGUGAGGUGCAGGAGAUCAUACUGGAGAAAAAGACCGUGGUGAGCAUGGAUGCGAACGGUAAUAGCCAGCGUUUGGACAGGAGGAAGACAACGAAUAGGAAGCGCAAAGUCAGGGCUGAGGGUAGGGAGCUGAGGGUAGGGGGUUGCUGCCCAACCUUUCUCCCUUCCCACACUCAGCUUGUUUGGCUCGUUAGAUGGCUGAACAGUUUCCUAGGAGAUUCCAUCAACAAACAGGACCGUAAAGCCAAGACACCGCCAACCGGCACCCAGAUCCAAUGGCGAACGACGGUCUAUGCCAACUCAGUCACCACAUCAAUUCAGCGACGAGAACUUGAGCGCCGAGGUGUCGCACUCCUCGAGGCGAAGGGAUCCCAGAGCGAAGACUACUCGCCAGAACGGAACGUCAAAAAGGAGCCCAGCCAGCACUUCAGACCAAAGCGGUCCAACAAGUCCUUUCUCACAGCCGGAAAUGAAUAAGCGAGACUCGCACACGUUUGUCUUCGGCGACGACGUCCUGCGAACUAUGAGUCAGACAAGUUUCGACGACAUCGAGACUAUGCUUACCGACCCCUUCACUCAGUCAGACGAAGGAGAAAGUUCAGUCCAAGGCGAGACUGCUCGCGGUCCUCAGUCGAGAGAACAAGCGAAAUUCGGCUCUGAGCUGUCGUCGAAAGGGAC